AAAUAUGGGAAUUUGUGUUUAUACAGCAGUGAGUCAACGUGGAAACGGUCUACUGAGUAUGGGAUCCUGUGUGUGAAAUGACCAUCGCAGUUAAGUCGAACAGUAGAAGAAAUGAGUGAGCUCAAGCUUAAGCCCAUCGAAGACUCCAAGUUGUACAAACGGCGAACUACAUCCAGGGAAAAUCUCAUUCAAGCAUCCACCGCGACUGCCUCACUCGAAUAUCCCACGUCGACUGGAUACGCUAACUUCCACUCGCUAGAACGCCACUACAUACAAUCGAAACAACCGCCGGGCGAAAGACUUUAUCAGAACAUGCCGGGUCCGAUAAGGCAUGUACAGUAUGUUAACGAUAUGGCCUACAACAACGUGAAUGUUGACAUCGCAAGUACGAAUGCAGACGCCACCUUCGGCAAUCGACACGAUCGCAGUGACACGUUUCGCGAGUUCCGAGAACAAACAUCGACAUCGUCCUCAACGAGUAAUCAGUAUCGAGAAGGUCCAAGUGGUUACAGUGCAAGCGGGAAUGGCGUUGCAGUGGAAAACAUCAUUCGUGACUUAAAAAGUGCUAAUUUGAAUAUGUUGAACUCGUCAAGCGGAGUUCAAAACACGUCUACAUCGGGUGAAAGAUAUCAAAAUCUACCGCUGGCAAGUUCAACUCCGACGCGGAAGAAAAUGGAACUCAAAGAUCCAACUGGACGGUCCAACGUGGAAGUGAUUGGAGUUUCGGCCAACAUGUCGCUCGGCACCAUGAUGUGCACCCGGUGCGACGAGGGUUUCGAACCGCAUGAAAGGAUCGUGAAUUCGAAUGGACAGUUGUGGCACACCCAAUGUUUUGUAUGUGCCCAAUGCUUCCGCCAGUUUCAGGACGGCAUCUUUUACGAAUUCGAAGGUCGCAAGUACUGUGAGAAAGAUUUCCACAUCCUGUUUGCGCCGUGCUGCAACAAAUGUAACGACUUUGUCAUCGGUCGGGUCAUCAAGGCUAUGGCGGCCAACUGGCACCCGGAGUGUUUCACGUGCGAGCGGUGUAACAUUCCAUUGGCGGACUCUGGUUUCAUCCGGAACCAGAACCGUGCCCUGUGCCAUGAUUGCAACCGAAAGGAAAAGGAAGUGGGCUUAGGGAAGCAUAUGUGUAACAAGUGCCAUGGAAUAAUCGAUGACGCUCCGUUGCGUUUCCGAGGUGAAGUUUACCAUGGGUAUCACUUCAAUUGCACCGCUUGCGGCAUUGAACUGGAUUCGUCUGCACGGGAGGUCAAAAAUCGUACCGGCUAUGCUGCCAACGAUAUGAAUGAACUAUACUGCUUGCGCUGUCACGAUCGUAUGGGAAUUCCAAUUUGUGGUGCUUGUCGACGCCCGAUCGAGGAACGUGUUGUAACCGCACUGGGAAAGCAUUGGCAUGUUGAGCAUUUCGUAUGCGCCAAAUGCGAGAAACCGUUCCUAGGACAUCGUCACUACGAAAAGCGUGGUAUGGCAUACUGCGAGACUCAUUAUCACCAGCUGUUUGGUAAUCUAUGCUUCGUUUGUAAUCAGGUCAUUGCUGGUGACGUAUUCACCGCUCUGAACAAGGCCUGGUGUGUGCAUCAUUUCUCGUGCUCGAUUUGCGAUAAUAAAAUGGACCAGAAAUCGAAAUUCUACGAAUAUGACGAGAAACCGGUAUGCAAGAAGUGCUACGAGCGUUUCCCUGCUGAGUUAAGACGUCGUCUGCGUGCCGCCCAUGAGAAUACCUUGAAGAAGACUGUCACCUGAAGAGAUAGCGACUUGUAGCCCGACCUCCAGUGAAAAAGUGACUCGAUUUUCUCAUGGUACUUAUUCGAAUGAUGGGAAGCGACACUCAGAAGUCUUGACUAGAUCAGGCUUACCGUAUUAGAAUGCUUCAACAAUUACAAAUUAUGUAUCAACUUACACACUUGUAGACAUCGUGACAGAAGCACACGAAAUUAAUACUUUCUUAAAAUUGCAUCUUGUGCCUUGAAUAUACAAAUCUUGUGAGGAUUUUAUUUAAUAUAAUAAUACUUAUCCA